UAGCGUUGUAUGGAUGAGCACAAUGCUGGAGAGGGUUACUCAGACACUCUUCACGAAGGUUAUGGAGUGGUUCCAUCCAACUCGGAGUACAAUCAGUCCUUCAGGAGUGUAAUCGCCAGUGCCCCUCCUAUCUUACAAACAGAAACCCCCAUAUAUGAUCCUCUCUCUGCUCAAAACCUUAUUCAGGUCCGCAAGCAGAGGCGAAAAGAUCAAAAUGAAUCAGAUCAUAUGGAAAUCAGAGUUCGAAAAUUAAAACAAAUUUCUCCACGAGUACAAAGAGGUGCUUCAAAUCCAAUACCUCAGCAGGCAGUUCUUUUUGCAAGACGGAAACCCCCAGCUAAACAGGAGAAUGUUGUAUUACCUGCUCUUUCAAGACGACGUAAAUCGUUUGAAAACAAGAAUUUACCAUCUGUUCCUGAAAUAGAGAAGAAGGCUAAAGUGUUGCCUUCAAUCGAAUCUAAAAGUCCAGUUCCUGACAUUGACGUGUCGUCCAGUCCACCUGAUGAUGUCAUGCACUUUAUAAAGACUGUAAAGUACCAAAGGGGGGAGGAAGUGAUCGGUGAACUAAAUCAUCUGCAUUCUCAGAGACUUGCUGCCAUGAAUAAAAAUGCAGCAAAAUACGGAGUGAGGAAUGAUGAUAUUAUCCUGAAAUCCCUCCUGAAGCGUGAUGUAUCAGAUGACUGUGUUGUAACCUGUAUUGGUAAAGAUGACUUUGUGUAUGGAGUUUGCCGGAAUGCGUGUAGCUAUUACAACCCUUAUGAUCUGAGGAUGGUCAAGAAAGCUGUUAUUCCUGCCGAUGCUAUUUUCUACACUAUUACUCAUGAUAACGUUAUGAUGGUAUCUCCUAGUUCUGCGGAGGAUACGACUAUCACAGAAAUAGAUUCCUGGUUACGAGAACGGACUAUCUUCUUCAAAAUUGUUAAAAUGAGGACUUUUCAGCAGUUCAGACUGUGGAAAGCGUUCAAGCACUGGACACGUGGCUGUUCCUCGCGUCGUCAUGAGAACAGGGGACUGAAGUUACACAGGAGCCUGUUUACCCUUGAUCACGUGAUGAGAGCUGUGUUGCUCAGGAUACAGAGUUACUGUGAGACUGCUUCUCACUCUUCUCACAAUACUGUCAAUAUCACUAUUAACGGGGUGUAUGAUAAUAAUGAUGCGAUAAAGCUGAUAGCUAUAGAUAUAGAUAACACCUACUCCUUGGACGGCUACAUACAGCACCAGGCUCAAGCUAUAGACACCGCUAAGCAAGAUCUACUCAAACUCAGGGCUAACGUUCUAGAGCUCGCCUCUAAAGUUUGUUAUGAUAUGGGUGCAGCAGCUGGAAUGGAGAGUCAGUAUACUGAGCUGAUUAGAGAGAGUAAGCGAGCUCUGGACGAGAAGCUGGAGCUGGAGGGGAGACAUGCUCUGUUGGAGAAGAUGUUCGGAACUAAGGAAUACUACGAGGAUAUUGUUAUGUUGGAGGACAAGAAGCACGAGAGGAAGAAGGAACUUAGAGAUGUGAACCUGCCCACCUAUACAGACAUACAACAGUGGAAGAGUGUAAUUGACCAACUGUCGCGCUUUUUAAGGCUGAUAGAUUGCAUGUUGUUGACGCUGCUCCGGAGGCUCUGUGGCCGAGCUAUCAUGCUCCUUAAAGACCACCUGAACCUGGCCAUGAUCUCUGGUGCCGAGCUGAAGGUAUGGGAAACGGAGACAACAGAAGUAACGAAAAUAAACCGUGACAGAAAACAAAUCCUCAAGAUGAGGAAGAUAAGAGAGAAGAAAGAGAGGUUACUGGAAGGAAUCCUAGCAGAUGAGGACGAGGUAGAGGUGGAGGAUCCUAACUUCGUGCCGCUCCCAAUUCCUGUAAAACCUAACGUUCUGCCACCCCUCCUCGACAUUACCCUGGUUCUUACUGAAAAGUACGGGCUCUCACUAUCUCCCUCUAAAGAGGUGUGCUCUGAAGCGUUCGGAACUAUCACCAAUAAUAUCAAGCAGCUAGUGUCAGAGUUCGGGUCCGUUCUGCACGAUGCUAGCUUAUCUUCUUUUGUUACUAGAGUCAAGUUCGAGUAUGUCAUGGAGUCGGAGCAGUGUCCUUUUGAAGGAUGGGAAGGGCAGUACAUUGAUAUGAUGUCUGUAACAGAAGAUGCUGGAAUGAAAGUGAACUGCUCUGAGAUACUCCAGCUGCUGCACAAGAAUCUAGAUAGUGUCUGGGAGAAAGCCACACCGUUCAUGUUGUACUGCUCGAUGGUAGAAGAGUGUGCCAAGUUGAAUGUUAAGAAGAGUAUGGACGAGGGCGAGUGGACUAGUGAUCAGUUCAAGUUGGUCCUAGCCAAACACCACGAGCAAGUCAUGGCGAUGCAGACGUUGCCCAUAUCAGUGAGGGAAGGGCUCAUGGUUCUGAAGAUCCAACCAUUCCGAGAUACUUGUCUACCUUUCCCACUACGGAUAUUAUCAGAUGUUAACGAACGGUUACCUGUUAUUGCUUACAGACGAAAUGAGGACCUCCUCAUCAAUAUUAAGGACGCCACUCAUCGUCUAGAGAAACCAUGUAAGGAUGUGUCAGACUUUGUGAAGUACCUGUCCUUCAUGACUAAGCUGCUGGUGGACCUGCCCACAAUGGAGAAGGAGUAUGGACUGAUAGCUAAGAUGUACGCUGUAGCUGACGAGUUUGAUGUUCCACUUCCGCCUGAGGAGCUGGCGUUGUACAGGACUCUGCUGCCUUCUUUUACUCAUCUCAAGGCGACACUGACUUACAGUGAGGCUACUAAAGACGAACUCAUUAAAAAGUACAGCAAGGAUCUGGAGGCCCAGAUAUCUCGUCUUCUCGACGAUUUGAAGACUCUCAAAGAUGAGGUACGACACUCCAACGUGCUAGCAGACGAAGUGUCCGCUUCAGUAGCUCUCCAGACCAUUGUUAACUACCACAAGACGUACGAGAAAUACUCUGAUAUGGCCCACAAGUUCAUGGACUAUCAAGCGAGAUUCGGGUCCUCUGGUAGAGCUGACACUUCAAACAGUUCCUACACCAGCGAGAGUACGAGUACGUUACUACAGCUGGAGUUGUCAGAGUGUGAACGAGACAUUCGCCUCCGCAAGCUUCUCUGGGAGAACCUAACCGACUGGAAGAAGUACAUGAGCACUUGGAGUUCCUCUUCCUUCCACACUAUUGAUGUGACGGAGAUACAGAAGAUAGUAAAGCACAUGACUCAAACCAUUAUGUUACUAGAAAAAGCCCUGCCUGUGAACAACAUCUUACCCUGUCUUAAGAUCGGAGUAGAGGAGUUCAAGUUAUCUCUCCCUCUCCUGGUGUCACUCCGCAAUCCCGUCCUAAAGGCUCGGCAUCUCACUGCUAUUGAGGCUCUCACUGGUAUCAACGUGGUGCAGGACCCACUGUGUACUGUAGCAAAGGUUUUAGAGUCCUCCUAUUUCGAACAGAGAGGAGACAUUGCCAAGAUCUCAAUACAAGCUAGCAAUGAGGCUACUCUCGAGGGAAUGUUACAGAAGGUUAUAGAGAUUUGGAAGAGAACCGAGUUUACUUUAGUACCGUACCGAGACCAUCCUGACAUGGUCGUUUUGUCUGGUGUGGACGAUGUGCAGAUAGCACUGGAAGAGAGUCUGGUAACCAUAGCAACAAUAAAGGGGUCGAGGUUUGUGAACCCUAUCCAAGAUAUAGUAGAUGAGUGGGACCGGAGGCUGGAGCUGUUCUCUGUAACACUAGAUGAGUGGAUCACGUGUCAGAGAAACUGGAUGUAUUUGGAGAGCAUUCUUACUACCCCAGAUAUUCAGAGGCAACUGCCGAGAGAAGCUAGACUGUUCAGUCAGGUGGAUAAGUCUUGGAAGGAGCUGAUGAGGAAAGUGCAGGAAAGAAGUAAUGCUAUCUGGGCAGCUACUACUCCUGGUGUUCUGGAGACUCUCCAGGCAAAUAAUGCUAAUCUGGACAAGAUACUGAAGUGUUUAGAAGAUUACCUAGAAACAAAACGACUUGUAUUUUCCCGGUUCUACUUUCUUUCUAACGAUGAUAUACUCAGCAUCCUCUCCAACUCCAAGAACCCUGCCUCUGUGCAGUCUAAACUUACUAAAUGUUUUGGUAACAUAAAGAAACUAAUAAUAACAAAGGAAGCUAACCAGUCUGCGUGUGUUAAAGGUCUCAUGUCAGCAGAGGGGGAAACUCUGGAUCUUAUCCGGGUACUCAGAGUUAGAGGCAACGUGGAAGUCUGGAUGGGGCUCGUAGAGACCGCCAUGUUCGAGGUAGUAAGGUACACAAUAAAAGGAGCCCUCCUCUCCUACAUGAACCUACCUUAUCACGAGUGGUGGAAGAGUAACAGUGGUCAGGUGAUUAUCUUGGUAUCUCAAGUUAUCUGGAACCAGCUUAUAGAGGACGCCUUCUACAGUGACACCUCAGAUCAGAAACUAACAAACCUGCACAAAAUGUGGGUGGACAAGCUGACUCAACUGUCCCAGAACGUUACCUCAGAUAUGGAACCUUGGCAGAGACUCGCUCUAGAGUCCUUGCUUACUAUUGAGGUUCACGCUAGGGAUGUCAUCAAGGACUUGUUGGAUAAACAGAUCCAGAACUCGGAUGAUUUCGAAUGGACACGGCAACUGCGCUACAACUUUGACGACAUAAGAGAUACAGUGAUGAUCAGGCAGAAUAACUCUGUUUUUGAGUACGGGUUCGAAUAUCUGGGCUCCACUUCUCGAUUAGUCGUCACACCUCUUACAGACCGAUGUUUCCUGACGCUGACUACAGCUUUGCACCUCCAUUUGGGAGGAGCACCUGGAGGCCCCGCUGGUACCGGCAAAACAGAGACUGUCAAGGACCUCUCCAAGGGGUUCGGGAAACAGUGUGUCGUGUUCAACUGCUCUGAAGGGCUCGACUUCAAGAUGCUGGCACGAUUCUUCUCUGGUCUGACACAGUCAGGAUCUUGGUGCUGUUUUGACGAGUUUAACAGGAUAGAUCUGGAAGUGCUGAGUGUGGUGGCUCAGCAGCUUCAGAUCUUGAAGAGGGCUAAAGAUGCUCACCUCUCAAGGUGUGUGUUUGAGGGUCACGAGAUAAGAGUAAACCCCACCUGCGGGUUCUUCAUAACCAUGAAUCCUGGGUACGCUGGUAGAGUCGAACUGCCUGACAAUCUCAAGUCUCUCUUUAGACCUGUUGCGAUGACUUUACCUGACUUUGGGCUCAUUAUCGAGGUGAUCCUGUUCUCAGAGGGGUUCCUGCUAGCAGGUGUUCUGAGCAGCAAACUAGUCCAACUCUACCAACUCAGCAGCAGACAGCUCUCCCAGCAACACCACUACGACUUCGGACUGCGCGCUAUCAAGGCUGUGCUGCAAGUAGCGGGGGAGAUGAGGCGCAACAAAACCAUGUACAGUCACAUAGACGACACUACUCUGCUGCUACAGGCUGUGUUUGAUGCCAGUAUCCCCAAAUUCAUCGCGGAGGAUGUGCCUUUGUUUAUGGGUAUUGUGGAGGACUUGUUCCCUGCCUUCGAGAACUUUAAGGAGGAUACUCUUAUCUUACGGACUGCAAUAAAAGAGGUGUUACAAGAGCAGCUACUGCUGAUAAACGAGGCCCAAGUCUCCAAAACAAUGCAGCUCUACAAUACAAUGCUAGUGAGACAUGGUGUGAUGCAGGUAGGGGGAACUAGUGGGGGUAAGACCACCAGUCGGACCAUCCUGGCUCAUGCUCUGGGGAAACUUGCCAACACUGAGCCUCUCUUCAACCAGAACGCUCCCCCCUCCGGAAUAGGACCAAUCAAAGGGACAUGUUUCCACACAUUCAAUUGUCACUGCACCAACAAAGGGAACGCUGCAAAGUUAUCUCAAAUGCGGGAGGGUCAGGGCAAAAACAUGCGAUCAAGUAAAAAGUCGGUGUUAGAUCCGAGUAUGAUCCUAGAUCCUAGCAUGUUCACUAAAGCUAUGGGUCUGAACAGCAGGUUCGCGCAACACAGGAUGACACGAAGGAGACUCAGCAGUUUUUCUAACAAUAUAGCUGAUCAAAUAAAGAAUAAGAAUAAUAAAAAUAAGUUUAAUGACAGUAUAAAGUGUAUGACACUGAACCCGAAGUGCGUGUCUCUGGAGAAGUUGUACGGACAGUUCGACAAGGACUCUUACGAGUGGUCAGAUGGAAUUCUCGCUACCAUCAUACGAAGAUUUGCUAAAGAGAGCACGCCCUACCAGAUGGAAGGUACACCAAGUAGAACAGGGGCUUCAGCUAAAAGUCGCUUCUCAGCUAAAAGUGUGUCCAGGUCUAGCUACAACACCAGCAAAAGUGCAGGUGCCCCGACCCCGACAGAUGAUCACAGAUCCCUUCCAGAGACUCCUUCCAGCAACGCUAAAAGUGAUCUCGUUACUAAUAACUGGAAGUGGUUGGUGCUGGAUGGGCCAGUUGAUCCAGUCUGGGUUGAGAAUCUCAACACAGUUCUAGAUGACACCAGGACCCUUUGUCUUGCCAACGGUGAGAGAGUGCCGCUCCUCCCACGAAUGAGGAUCCUGUUUGAGGUAGACGACCUCUCCUUUGCCUCCCCAGCUACCAUAUCCCGGUGCGGCAUGGUUUACAUGGACCCUGUUGAGCUGGGCUGGAGACCUUUUGCUGAGCGCUGGAAACACGAGCUACCUGCAAACCUACCUGAAACUGGUAAGAAGUUCAUAAUAACACUACUGGAGAUGAGUGUAGAUGCUGGACUAGAGUUCCUGAAGACACAGCUCAGUCUAACUCCAAUAAUCGUGCCGGAUAUAAGCAUAGUGAGGACUCUGUGUAGCCUGCUGCUGGCUCACCUCAACAUUGUCAGCGAGAACGGGGGAUUCGGAGAUUUAGCUGAAGUGGUAGCGGCAGUGUCCAACUCGGAGGACCCAGGAGCGGCUAAAAACAAGACAGUACUACAGCGACACCCCGCCCAACUACCCUCCUUCCUCAGCAAAAUGUACCUCUUCUGCUACAUCAUCGCCUUUGGUAGUGUGCUGGAAGGAGAUUCAGACAUGGACGACAGCGCACUGGAGGCUAUGGACUCCCACACAGCACUCGGAGGUCACUCCAAACAAUCUCUCAUGAAGAUAUGGGGUUCCAACCCCGACAUAUCCGCUAGAGCCUCAUUCGAUUUGUUCGUCCGAGACUUCUUUGACUUGCCGCCUCCCUAUGGUGUGCGACUACCCUCGGGGGUGAAGAGUGUUUUCUGCUACUACUUCGACAUAGAGAGCGGUCUCUUCUCCCAGUGGGACACCUUGCUGCCUGCAACCAACGCUUAUAUUGACGACGUUAAGACUGGGUUCGAGCUAACCGGGGGGAGCAGUGCACUAGCUAACGCUUGGAUGGAGGUGGACAUGCCGAUCCCAACUCUGGACUCGGUGAAAUUAGCACGAGUUGUAGAACUUCUUCUGCUGGGAAACGCUAAAAUACUGCUAGCCGGUCACGCGGGUAUCGGCAAGUCUGUCAUACUCGACGCUAUACUCAAGAGGAUAAAUAAAAACAGCAUAUUCGAUAAGGAGAACGGAGAGGUUCAUCUAUACGACAUAGCAGGGAUACCCAGCUGCCACUCAACACUGGCAGAUAAUAUCCAGGAGUGGAUCAAACCUGAGGAGGAAAAGGCUCCGGACGAAUUUUUAUUCGGAAACAAAAAAGAAUUUAUAUCUGCCAAAAUGCUGAUGAACGGCCAAACUAAAGCAGAGAACAUCCAGGCGUUUUUUGCGAGGAAUCUCAACAAACUAGGACGAGAUCUUAUGGGACCUCCUGUCGGAAAAACGCUGGUGAUGUUCGUGGAAGACCUAAACAUGCCUCUACCAGAACAGUACGGUGCACAACCUCCCCUAGAGUUUCUAAGGCAGUUCAUCGGAAAUGACGGAUUCUACGACAUCAACCGCUACAGUUGGAAGUCAGUAGACGACGUCACGAUCGCAGCUACUUGUACGGUAUCAGGUCGAGUACCAGUCAACAUCCCGAGCAGACUUCUCCAAUACUUCAGUGUUAUCAACAUGCCCACACCCACUCUCUCCACCACCCAACACAUUCUACAGGCUAAACUUGGCAGAUACUACAUCAUCAACAGUUUCCCGGAGGAGGUCCAGAGAACAGUUGGACCGCUGUGUACAGCCGGACUGUACCUUUAUCAACAGGUCAUGAUGAGCUUCAAACCUAAACCCUCCAAACUACAUUACAUGUUCAACAUGCACUCUCUCCGACAGUUCUAUCUGGGAAUGAUGAGCUGUGGAGCCGCGGAUCUAACUUCCCAGGACGCUGUAGUUAGACUCUACGCUCACGAGACAUCACGGGUAUUCUGUGAUAAACUCACUUCAGAAAAGGAGAGGGAAAAGUUUUGUGGUUUUCAGGUCGAUUCCAUGCAAAAAUAUUUCAAGGAGUUAGCGACGAAGAUGGUAUUUACCAAACGGCACCUCAAUGACGCUCGGAUAAUGUUUACAGAUUUCCACAUCCAGUUGUCAUCAGAGGAAACAGUUAAAAGAUACCGGAUAGUCCCGGACAACAAACAGCUCAUACAGACGCUCACUGAUAUGCAGAACAGAUUCAAUGUCAGCGAAUCUCAGGAUUACCACCUUGUGUUUUUCAACGACGCAGUACAGCAUUUAGUGAGGCUUUGCCGAGCACUCAGAAACAAAGGUCUCCACGUUAUUCAGCUAGGAGUAGGUGGAACAGGUCGUUCCUCCUCCGCAAGACUAGCUACCUUUAUAGCUGGCUCAGCUUAUCAUGAACUCAACAUCAGAAGAAACUACACUCUGUUUGAUUUGAGAGACGAUCUCAAGGCUAUUCUACUGAAGUGUGGCUCUCAGAAGAAAAUGUGCACCCUCUUUAUUAGCGAGCUACAUAUUUUACAGUUAAUGGGGGGAGGGCAGAUACAGCACUGGUUUGACAACGAAGAGAAGGAGUACAUCGUGAGCGCUAUGAAGAACCGACAAGACACGGUGCACGAGAAUGCAAACAAUACUCACAUCUGGUCCAGCUUUAUCACGAACAUCUACCAGUGCUUGCACAUAGUGAUCAGUAUUUCCCCCACCGGUACCAACUUCAAGAGGUACUGCAGAAUGCACCCCGCAAUCCUCUCCAACUGUUUCAUUGAUUUCUACAGCGAGUGGCCGGAGGCAGCGCUUCUGGCUGUAGCCAACACUUUCUUCAAACACAACCAACUCGACAAGAUCAUCGCCAACACCAAAUCUGUUGCUACUAGCUCGAAAGGUGAAGUAUUAAACCCAGCCCUAGCCCGAGCGUACGGUCAUUUGACUGAAGAGGAAAGGGACCAGUUUAAGGCUAUAAAAGAGAAGCUAGCCCCUGUUUGUGUACAGAUACACAUGUUCGUGCAGAAAAUCAUCGACGAGUACAAACUGAAAGCUAACCGUCACUUCCACAUCACGCCAUCUUCUUACCUUGAACUUCUCCAGCACUUUGUAACCAUGCUCAAGAGACAAAACAAAACCCUCACUGUGUCAAGACAGCGGUUAGUGAACGGAAUAAAAGCGCUGAACAUGUCCAGCAGUAUGAUUGAGAGAAUGUCUGAAGAGCUCAUCGCUUUGGAACCACAACUUGAACACAAAGCUAAGUUGACACAGCAGCUGAUGAUUAAGUUGGAGCAGGAGAAAGUGUCUGUUGACCAAACUAAGCAGAAUGUGAGUCGUGAGGAGGCGGCUGUUAACAGAGAGAACGUCAGGAUCGGUAAAAUAGCCGCUGAAGCAGAGUCGGAUCUAGCAGCUGCUCUACCCUCAUUGGAGGGCGCCAUUGCUGCAUUAGAUGCGCUAGACAAACAGGACAUUUCUGAAAUACGAGUGUACAAUUCCCCCCCGGAGAUGGUACGGAAGGUUAUGGAAGCGGUGUGUGUCUUGCUUAAAGAGAAACCCAACUGGAACUCUGCAAAACAGCUUCUCGGGGAUCCUGGCCUUCUCAAACGUCUCACCAACUUUGAUAAAGAUAAUAUCCCUCUGAAGUCGUUAUCUCGUCUACAACAAUUCACAGAGAGUCCAGACUUUACACCAGAGAAUGUAGGGAAGAUAUCUGUGGCCUGUAAGAGCAUGUGUAUGUGGGUUAUUGCCAUCGAGAACUAUGCUAAAGUCUACAGAUACGUGCUCCCCAAAAAGGAGAGAUUCCAGGAAUCAAUGGAACAUCUGAAAGCUGCACAGAGACAACUGUUAAAGAAACAAGAGGAACUGGCACAGGUGCAGGAUGAACUGACCUCCCUACAAACAAAGUAUAACAACACUAGAAUAGACCGUGAUAAACUAGAGAACAGGAUCCUACAAACAAAGAAGAGACUGGACCGAGCUAAUGUGCUGAUUGAAGCGCUGUCUGGGGAGAAGGAUCGGUGGACAGACCUUGUGGCGGGUCUGAACGUGGCGGCCCCUUCUCUUAUGGGAGACACUCUCGUCUCUACUGCCGCAAUAGUGUACAUAGGACCGUUUACCCAGACUUACAGAGACCGUCUUUGGUCUUCCUGGUUAGACAUCUGUCUGAAGAAGCAGAUAUCUGUCUCCAAGAAGGACUACAUCAGCCUGCUGUCAGCUCCUAUUGAGGUCCAGGAGUACUUCACUCAGGGGCUCCCACGUGACCAUUUCUCCACUGAGAACGCGGUGCUGCUGAGGAACUGUCACCGCUGGCCCCUGCUUAUAGACCCACAAGGUCAGGGCAAAUGUUGGUUGCUGGGACUGGAGAAGGAGAAUCUGGCGGUUAUACCCUACGGUAGUGUGCACAUGUUGACUGAUAUUGAGAACGCGAUCAGACUCGGCACUAGUGUCUUACUUGAGGGUGUACCGGACUACAUAGACGCGACCUUGUACCCCAUUCUAAACAGAAGACAGUGUGAACAGACAGGCGUUGUUUCAAUAGUGGAUAUAGAUAUAGAGUACAACAAGGAGUUUAAACUUUACCUCUCUACCAGUCUCAGUAAUCCUGAGUACCCUCCAGAGGAUUGUAUCAAGCUCACCAUCAUUAACUUUACUGUUACUUUUACUGGGCUGCAGGAGCAACUGCUGAGUCGGGUCGUUAAGAUGGAGAGACCGUGGCUUGAGCAGCAGAAGGACUCACUUCUGAAGCAGUUGUUUGAGGACAACAGAAAGCUGCGUGAGCUCGAGGACGAUAUCCUGACCACUCUGUCUUCCGUGCAAACUGACAUUUUAGAUGAUCAGGAUCUAGUGCAUACUCUAGACAAGUGUAAAAAGACUGCUAGGGAGAUUCAGAGCCGAGUUACAGAAUCAGAACAAAUGCAGAACAAGAUAGAAUCUACCCGUAAAAAGUACCUCCCGGUUGCAACACGUGGUGCGAUAAUCUACUUCAUAAUAUCGGAUCUGACUCUCCUGAACUGCAUGUACAACUUCUCUCUGGAAAUGUUUAUGAGCGUGUUUAAGACCACAGUCUUUAGUCUGGGAAACUCUUAUCUGUCACCUGAUCAGGAGGAUGUUGUCCUGGAGUUCAACUUUAACACUGUUAACAGGGACAGACAGCUCGAUUUCAAGGUCGACAAACAUGUGGCGUCUCUUGUUGACCACAUCACAAUGAACCUGCACAAACAGGUGGUAUGUUCUCUGUACUCUCGGCAUCAUCUCGUUUACUCGGUGUUAGUUUGUGUACAGGUGUUGAGGAACUCCACCGUUAUCACUGAUAACGAAUGGGACGUGUUCUUACACGGCGGCACCCUCAAACUUAUGAGCAAGUCGUCCGAGUUCGUGCCCGUAAUGGAAGAAGAUAUCAUACCACAACCUUUCCAGAAGAGCUCUGGAGUCACGUACCAAGCUAAGAGGAUGAACAAAGUGAGGAGUAAGAGGAUCCUGGGUAAACCCUGCUGGCUGACCACUACCCAGUGGGAGGCGACUAAUAUGUUGGAAAACACCGUCCCCGCUUUCCAGGGCCUCUCUAAAAACAUGAUCGAUAAACCUGAGUUUUGGCAGGCGAUGUUGGCGUCAGAUAACCCGUACUACAUGUUCGAACAAACCAGAUCCAGAUCCAGUUCUAUAGGCUCUCUCAAAUCUUGCAGAGCAGACAGUUCACUGGAACAUAUUUCUGAGGAUAGUGAGGCGGAACCUCACUCUCUCAGUGCCUCACAAAUCGCUGAGACACGCCCAAGUUGGAAAUGGUCGACACUAACGUCAUUUCAAAAGCUGAUGUUGAUAAAGAUCCUGAGGAUGGAUGCCCUGACUGAAAGUAGCAGCACAUUUGUCAGUUUAACCCUGGGAGAACAUUACAUCGGCUCACAUGAACAAAGUCUGAACAAUAUCUACAAAAGCAGCAAGCCUCAGAAUCCCAUACUCUUUAUUCUUUCUCCUGGCGUUGAUCCGACAACGAAGCUACAAAGACUGCUAAAAGACCUGAACGAAAAUGUUGACAUGUUAGAAAUGUUGUCACUUGGACGCGGCCAAGGACCUCGAAUCGAAGAGAUUCUCCGAAACGCCAUGCAACGUGGAAAGUGGGUUUUCCUACAAAAUUGUCAUCUUGGACACUCGUGGCUCCAGAACCUUCAAAAAGUUAUUCACAGCAUGCAGACAGACCAACUCCACGCUGAUUUCCGGCUCUGGUUAAGCUCAAUGCCAGAUGACGAGAUCCCGGGUCCUGUUAUCCAGCGCAGUCUGAAGGUAGCGAUGGAGCAGCCACGAGGCGUGAAGGCUAACCUCCACCAGGCCUUUAUCUCCGGAGUUAUCUCCCCUAAGAUGUACUCGGACCAGGACGCUGGACCUGACUUUAGGAAACUAGUCUACAAUCUCUGCCUGUUUAACAGUGUCAUCUUGGAGCGGAAGAAGUAUGGAUCUCUCGGCUGGAACAUCUCUUACGAGUUUACUAAUUCCGAUUUAGAGGCUUGUAUAUGCGUGCUGCAUCAGCUGAUGAGCGAGUACGUGACGGUGCCGUGGGAAGCUCUCCUCCAACUGGCAGGCACUGUGAUGUACGGGGGCAGGGUCACUGAUAAGUGGGACCAGAGAGCCCUCUCCGCUAUACUCAGCAAGUUCUUCAACAGAGAGGCCAUCCAACCUGGCCACAGGUUCACUGCUUCAGAGUCGUACCAGCUCCCAGAAAACCUGUCAAUAGAAGAAACACUAAGUUAUAUCUCGUCCCUCCCCAACUACGAUAACCCAGAACUGUUCGGAAUGCACCAGAACGCGGACCGUACCUACAACGAGCACACAAGCAAGGAGCUGGUGAACUACCUGCACGUCUUCCAGCCGUCCCACCAGCUAGAUCAUGGUGGGCACUCGAACAAGGACAACAUAGUAAUGGAGUUCCUGAUCCACAUCCACAAAACCCUGCCCCAGAAGAUAGUGCCUCCUCCCUUCAUGGACGUUAUACCGGACAUGGUCCACAACGCUCUGGCGGGCUCGGAGAGACCCCCUUCUGUGCUCAUUGAGAAGGGAUAUCUUAAACCCAAGAUAACAGAGACUAGAUAUUGUACACCUAUGGAGAACGUUAUUCGUCAUGAGGUGCGUCAGUUCAACAGACUGUUAGAAGUGAUACACGUGAGUCUGAAGACAUUGGCGCUGUGUUUGCAGGGAGACGAGGCAAUGAACGAGGGGGUGGAUCUCAUGUACCAGAAUAUUCUCGACAACAAACUGCCUGCUGCUUGGAGGGACAACAGUACACUUGAGAAUAAACCACUGUCGCACUGGAUAGAGCUACUAGCUAACAGGAUAACCUUUAUGCAGUACUGGAUAGACCUCAAUAUAGAGGGAACAGUCUCUAACCAUCUCUUUGGAGUGGAGUAUAGUGAGCUAGUAGAAGAGAAAGAGAAAGAUGAGAUGAUCUCCUUCCAAGAUGUACUGAAGAUGAGCAGUGCUUACCAGAAGCCGAUCAAGACUGAUGUAGAGAAAAUACCGCGAUCUUUCUGGAUCAAUGCUCUCUUCUUUCCUCAAGGUCUACUGACUGGAGUUCUACAGACCCACUCCAGGAAGCACAAUAUCCCGAUUGACUCCCUCACUUUCAAACACUCUGUAGCUCCAUUACCCAGCCGCAGGGAGGAGGAAGAUCGACACAGAGCUCAGAAUGCUGGUCUCACACCAGCCAUGUGGGCCUUCCCUGGAGCUGAUGUGCCAGAUAACGGUAUACUGAUACACGGUCUACACUUGGACGGUGGAAGGUGGGACGGUAGUAAUGUGGUAGAGGCUCUUCCUUCCAAACAAGUCACUCCGCUACCGGAAAUACUGUUCUUACCCCAGCAGAUGGAACAAACACCAAAGCCAGGAGUGUACGAGUGCCCGAUCUACCGAACGAGUGAACGGUGUGGAACACUCGACCAAACCGGACACUCUGAUAACUUUGUAACUUCCAUCUUGAUGCCAACCGAACACAGUCCUCAGCAUUGGGUCACUCGGGGACUAGCCAUUAUCUGCCAGACUCUGGACUGAGACUCUUGUGUUGGACGUUACUAGUUGUACAAUUGAAGUGAAAAUAGAACCGUAUUUUUCAGAAACAAAUAUUACUAUAUCAGAU